CUGGAGUCCAUUAAGAGAAGGGAGUGGAUUCAUCGGGUAACUCAGACACUGAAACAUGCUGAAGCUGUACGUACGCGCCAUCAGCCUGCUCAUAUGGAUCCCAGCUGUCCUGUGCGGGGCAACCACCGAGGGAGAGUUCUCAGUGCUGGAGGGUCAGUCCAUUUCCGUCCCGUGUCACUACGAGCCUCAGUAUGAACAUUAUGUUAAAUACUGGUGUCGGGGAGCGACGAGAGAGUUCUGCACCAGCCUGGCCCGGACAGAUAAUAUCCGUACGGCCAAUCCAGCCAAGGAUAGAGUGACCAUUUCUGAUGACCUGGACCAGCUGGUGUUCACCGUGACCAUGAAAAACAUGAGGAAAGGGGACACCGGCUGGUACAUAUGUGGUGUGGAGAUAGGAAGUAUAUGGAGUGCUGACGUUGUCACUUACACAAACAUACGAGUCAUUGAUGGUAUGUCGGUAGUGAAGAACCAAGUGAUCGGUGAAGAAGGGGGAAGAGUCAAAGUUGAAUGCCUCUACAGUGAGAAAUACAGAGAUAGUCGAAAGAAAUGGUGUCGGAGUGGAGACUGGAGCUCCUGUCGGCUGACAGAUGCUGGAGAGAUCUACGAAGACUCUUCACUGGCCGUCAGUGAUGACAGAAAUGGGACUUACACUGUAACCCUGAAGAAGCUGCGUUUGAAAGAUACUGGCUGGUACAUGUGCUCCACGGGAAAGCACAAGAUGUCUGUGAAUGUGCUGGUCACACCUCGACCCACAGAGUCUUUGACAUCGACACCUGCUCCGAGUCAGUGUAAGGCCGUGGUGCCUCUCAAAACCGUCGCCAAGGAGUCCAGUCAAAGUCACCACUUGGAGUCUUGGCUGGCAUGCUCUGCUGUCGUUGUCCUCCUCGGAAUAGCAGUAUUUCUGAGAAAGAUGUGGAAAUUAAACAGUAGGUCCAAGAUAUCACUCUGUAGAGCAGAGAUCUCCUCCAGUACACAGCAAGGACCACAGAACAAAGUUAAGUAAAUUUCUUGGGGACAAAAGCCAUCAGCAAGACUCCACUGUUGUUUUCCUAAACAGGGAUGAUAAGAGGGACGACACAGUACUGUACUGAGCUUCGUCAGUACAGCGUUUAAUUGAGACUCUGUUUGACUACAUGCCAUGUAAUGGUAGUUUCCUGCGAGUGACACAUUACUCUGUAUAUCCUCAUAUCUAUGACUGAAUUUUCAGUGCCUUUUGUAUUUUAUACCAGCGCAGUUAAAAAAUUUCAUUACUUUUCUUUGCUGCUUUUCUUAAACAAAUGUGACAGGCUGGAGAUCUAAACAGAGAACUUGUACUUUAAUUUAUCAAAAUACAAUAUUGUAUUCUCAUAAAUAUUGAAUUGAGCCCCAUUAAAACACUACAGACUGACUUUUGAGAACUGUUGUACACAAAAAGAGUUUAAAGAUUAAAAGACAAGGUGAAUGUUUAAUUUGACACGUCAACUUUUAAAUAAAUAUAUAUGUCAAAUAUGA